CUUUUAGAAGAUUAUGUUGAAUAGUCAUUGGCGUGCGAUUAUUCUUGCUUUGAAAAAUGAACAGUUGACUAUAGAAAAUGGUCUCAUUUGGAAGAUUGUGGGAUUUUAGUUAUUACUUGGAUCACGUAUAGGAUUCAGAGACAAGAGAAGAGAAAAGAGGAGAGAAAUGGAGAAAAGGGUAGAGAAGAGAAGGAUUGUGUUAGUUCCGGUUGCUGCACAAGGACAUGUAACCCCAAUGAUGCAGCUUGGGAAAGCCCUUCAAUCAAAGGGCUUCUUAAUUACUGUUGCUCAGAGACAGUUCAAUCAAAUAGGCUCAUCAUUGCAACACUUUCCUGGUUUUGACUUUGUCACCAUACCAGAAAGCUUACCUCAGUCUGAAUCUAAGAAACUAGGACCAGCUGAGUAUCUUAUGAAUCUCAACAAAACAAGCGAGGCAAGCUUCAAGGAGUGUAUAAGUCAGUUAUCGAUGCAACAAGGCAAUGAUAUAGCAUGUAUCAUCUAUGACAAGCUUAUGUACUUCUGUGAAGCAGCAGCUAAGGAGUUUAAGAUUCCUAGUGUUAUCUUCAGCACUAGCAGUGCUACAAUUCAAGUUUGCUACUGUGUUUUAAGUGAACUCAGUGCCGAGAAGUUCUUGAUCGACAUGAAAGAUCCUGAAAAGCAAGAUAAGGUGUUGGAAGGUUUGCAUCCUUUAAGGUACAAAGACCUACCAACUUCAGGAUUUGGACCAUUAGAGCCACUUUUGGAGAUGUGUAGGGAAGUAGUUAACAAAAGAACAGCUUCCGCUGUUAUCAUCAACACGGCGAGCUGUCUAGAGAGCUUGUCUCUGUCAUGGCUGCAACAAGAACUUGGAAUUCCAGUGUAUCCAUUAGGCCCUCUUCACAUUACAGCUUCAUCGCCGGGACCUAGUUUACUGCAAGAGGACAUGAGCUGCAUUGAAUGGCUGAACAAGCAGAAACCAAGGUCAGUCAUAUACAUAAGCUUGGGAACCAAAGCUCACAUGGAGACCAAGGAGAUGUUAGAGAUGGCCUGGGGAUUGUUGAAUAGCAACCAACCUUUCUUAUGGGUCAUCCGACCUGGCUCUGUUGCAGGCUUCGAGUGGAUAGAGUUAUUACCAGAGGAAGUCAUUAAGAUGGUAACAGAAAGAGGAUACAUAGCGAAAUGGGCACCGCAGAUAGAAGUACUUGGACAUCCUGCAGUGGGAGGAUUCUGGAGCCACUGUGGAUGGAACUCAACACUCGAGAGUAUUGUGGAAGGAGUCCCAAUGAUUUGCAGGCCUUUACAAGGCGAACAAAAGUUAAAUGCGAUGUAUAUAGAAAGUGUUUGGAAAAUAGGGAUUCAACUUGAAGGUGAAGUGGAAAGGGAAGGUGUAGAGAGAGCUGUGAAGAGGUUGAUCAUAGAUGAAGAAGGUGCAGCCAUGAGGGAGAGGGCUCUUGAUUUAAAAGAGAAGCUCAAUGCCUCGGUAAGAAGUGGAGGCUCCUCAUACAACGCACUGGAUGAGCUUGUCAAGUUCUUGAAUACAGAGUGAAGAUGCUUAACUUCAUAUAUUACAAAAGAACUUCGAUUAUAAGAAAACUCCAAUAGAAAUGUUUACAUUCUUUGGAAUAUUAAUUUUUGUCUUCCGUUAAAGUUCAUAAUUAUCAAAAUUUAAAACUUGAACAAUUUUUGUGUUUUAUGAAAACUAGAAAACAGUCUUUCCACAUUAAAUUCACAAUAUUCUAAUUUGUGUGAUUCAAACUAGAGAUGAAUUUUGUAUGGAUAUAUGUCUUUGAAUUUGUUGUUUUGAAGAAGGACACGAAAUUGAAUACUUCCUCUGUUUCAUAUUAGUUGUAAUUUAAGAUUUUU